CGACGCGAAUUCCGUGUGUUUGUUUACCCAGGCAGUGCGCGUUUGCGAUCCGAAAUGUGGGUUUCUGCUACACAAUAAGCGCCUCAGCGACACUUCAUAAAGUACAGGGUAAAGCCUACAUUUGUUUGCGACAAGACUUAUAGCUUAAGAACCUGAAAGAGCAAAUAUAUAAUUGAUAAUUUCCGGACGUAAAGUGGACAAACUCCACACCGGCCAUCUUUGCUAACUUGGCUAGUUCUCUUUGCUAGCUGGAAAAACUCUCGUGGUCCCCAUUGAAAAGGUAAGCUUCAGAUCUUCUAGCAAAGCCUAGGUCCGUCUGAGACAUGUAUUAACACCACGACUGAGAUCUCAGGCCCAGAGAUUCCCCCAGCUCGCGCUUGGUUCUUGGCGUGUUGUUUCGCCAUGUCGUCGUUUUCUGAGUCUGCGUUGGAGAAGAAGCUGUCUGAGCUGAGUAACUCGCAGCAGAGCGUUCAGACGUUGUCACUUUGGAUCAUUCACCACCGCAAACACUCAGGCGCCAUCGUCCGUGUCUGGCAUAAAGAGCUGAAAAAAGCAAAAAGCAGCCGGAAGCUGACCUUCCUUUACCUCGCCAAUGAUGUCAUUCAGAACAGCAAGAAGAAAGGCCCCGAGUUCACACGGGAUUUUGAAGGCGUCCUCGUCGAUGCCUGCUCGCAUGUAGCAAGAGAAACAGAUGAGAACUGCAGGAAGCACAUGUUGAGGCUGCUGAACAUCUGGCAGGAGCGUAGUCUCUACCGUGCCGAUUUCAUCCAGCAGCUCAAGCUGGCCAUUGAGGACUCCAACAGCCCCAGACACAAAGCUGCAGAUGAGAAGAAGGGGUUAAAAAGAACGUUCCAGAAGGUUCAAGAAGAGGAAGAGGAAGAUGACGACGACGAUUACAGGGCUCAAUAUUCUCCCCACGAGGCGGACAUCACCGGCCCACAGCUGACGGAGGAGCUGGUUAAAGCCCUGCAGGACCUGGAGAACGCCGCGUCCGGUGACGCCGCCGUGCGGCAGAAGAUCGCCUCGCUGCCGCAGGAAGUGCAGGACGUCUCUCUGCUCGAGAAGAUCACAGGUCAGGGCUCAGGAGAUACCAAUCGAGAGAAUAAGGAGGCGGCGGAUAAGCUCUCAAAGACGGUGGAUGAAGCGUGUCUGCUGCUGGCGGAGUACAACGGGAGACUUGCGGCCGAGCUGGAGGACCGCAGACAGCUGGCACGCAUGCUCACCGAAUACAUCACCAGCCAGAAGGAGGCGCUAAGCGAGAGGGAGAAAAAACUCGAGGAGUACAAGCAGAAGCUGGCGCGGGUCACUCAGGUGCGUAAAGAGCUCAAGUCUCACAUCCAGAGCUUGCCGGACCUGUCGCUCCUUCCCAACGUCACCGGAGGCCUGGCACCGCUGCCCUCGGCUGGAGAUCUCUUCUCCACCGAUUGAUCCAUCUUUCUCUCUUCAUCCUCUGGACUCUGAUUCCACCGUCACCAGCCGAUCAGCUGAUUUCAGGCCAAAUCCUGUUCCUCUGGUUAAGUUUUUAGAAAAGAAAAAAAAAUCACCAAUACAGCGAACGUGAACGUGA